ACUGAAGGAAUGAUGAAAUCUUCUGAAUGGGAAGUAAGAGAGCACAGGACAUCAAGAAUCUCCUUCUGAAGUUAAUAAUCCUCUUAGCUUCCCCCCUGGCAGGUUCUUUUAUCUGUGGACUCGUGAGAGAUAGAGCAAAUAGGCACAGUGAUCUACACUCAUCUGAUAACUCAAUCCAAUUGGAUCAACGGGAAGAGGAAGGAGAAGAAAUGGAGUCCCUGAAUCAGGCGUCGCGAAAGCUGGUGCAAGCAGAGAUCCCCUGCAGCACCGGUAGGCUUCUCAGAGGUGGACAUGCAAGCCAGGCUUCUCUUACUGAAGAAAUCACGGUGGCGCAGGCCACCGAGAGUUCAUCAGAAGUUUCAGCCAACAACCGGGAUGUUCAGGAAACGUCCGCCGGCACCGAAGAGGUCGAGAGCCUGAAGCGCGUGGUGUCGGCCCUCGAAGAGCGGGCCGCCGGCAUCGAGUCGCGGUUCCGCGACUACUGUGACAUGCAGGAGCAGGAGUCGACGUACCAGAAGAUGCAGAUCAUGUGCCUGGGGAUGAAGCUGGAGCUGCUGGAGUCCCGGAACCAGCGGCUUGAGGCAGGCGCCACGGAGAUCCGGGCAGCCGCUGAAGAGUUCGCCGUGAUGCGGGCGAAUCUCGACGCGCUGCAGAGCAAAUUCAGGAAAGUUACGAAGCAGAGCAAGCAAGAAUUCGACGCCGUUGAUGGAAGGAUCCUGGCUCUGGAUGCCCGGGAAGCAGAGAUGGCGACGAGGUGCCAGGGCUUUGAGCAACUCAUGGAGGAGAUGAAGCAGCUGGUUUUGCAGAUACAGAAGGAGAAAGGAACAAGCAGUGAGAAUGCGGAGGACGUCGUGGAGAGGAGCAUGCAGAGCGGCAAGGGCCUGCUGGAGGUGCUCCGGGGCCGGUGGGCGGCGGACAUGGAAGAGCUGAUCUACCUCGGCUGGAUCACGGCGUGGCUGCAGCACGACCUGCUGGCCAGCGAUGGCGAGGGCGGGACCGCCAAUGGCACGGCGGUGACUGGAGACCACGACGGUGAAACCAUCCCGACGGCGGAGGGGCAGCGCGAGAAGGGGAUGAAGAUGGUAGCGGCGACCGCGCCGAGCAACGAGGUGAAGCUCUGCAAGACGUCGUCGUGCGGCGCGGCGGAGGAGUCGUGCAUGGGGUUGGCGGGCUGCAGGAUAGGGAUCGGACGGCCGAGAUUGCUCCGCAAGCUCAGAGGGUGGGCCAGGGGAAACGGCCCGAGCAAGAGCAGGAGGCCGUGCGCCAUCGAAGGGCCCAGCAGUGAGUCCCAAAUCUUCUAAAAAAAAGCAGCGAGUCCUAAAUAUUCCUAGUUCAUUGAUGCUGAUUCAUUAGCUUGUGAUCACGUGAGAAUAAUGUGUGUUUGAUAUCAAAAUAAUGUGAGAAUAAUGUAUGUUUGAUCUCAAUAAAUGUGAGAAUAAUGUAUGUCUGGGUCAUUUUGCAUUGAAAUGUCUAAGAGAGAAAGAGGAGGAAGAAGAAGGUAGAUGCAAAUUUGUGGGACCCACCUGUAAUAACGGUCAACUUAACUGUCAAAAUAUACGGAGUUAACUUUACCGCCACAUGGGCCCCGCAUGUCAAAAACAUGUUUAAAAUCAUAAA